GGCGGCGUCAGUCCGGAGAACUACGUCCUUCUGAGCUCACUUCCGCCGACUUGAAUCGGAUCGCUAUUCUUCCAGUCUCUCACCGCUUUUGUUCUCCCAUUUCCAUCCAGCCACCGCUGCUGAAGAGAGGGUUCCAGCUGGUUGGGAAACCACAAAGACGCAAAGUAGCGGACCCGUCCGUCACAGAAACGCCUGGUAGCCACAUGCAAAGCGCCGUCUACACAGGGGAUAAGCGGCACUCCGUAGUUACUUAACUGGACUACUUUUUUUCUAUUAUUGUUGGGGGUUUUUUGCGCUUUUUCUGUUACACCGAAACUGACUUCCCCUCUCUAAACUCAAAAUGGAGAACGACGACAAAUACCUCCCCGAGCUGCUGGCGGAGAAGGACAGCCUGGACUCGUCGUUUACACACGCCAUGAAACUUUUAAACGCAGAAAUUGAUAGAAUCCAGAAAGGCGAGACUAAAAAGGAGGAAGAAACAUACCUGGAUCUUUUUACAACAAAGAACAUCAAGCUUAAGGAGCGAGUGCUCAUACCUGUCAAACAGUACCCGAAGUUCAAUUUCGUGGGGAAGAUUUUGGGACCUCAGGGCAAUACAAUCAAACGUCUGCAGGAAGAGACCGGAGCCAAGAUCUCUGUGCUGGGCAAAGGAUCCAUGAGAGACAAAUCCAAGGAGGAGGGGCUGAGGAAAGGUGGCGAGCCCAAGUACGCCCAUUUGUCUAUGGAGCUGCAUGUAUUCAUUGAGGUGUUUGCCCCCGUGCCAGAGGCCUACCUGCGCAUGGCACACGCCAUGGAGGAGGUCAAGAAGUUCCUGUUUCCUGAUAUGAUGGAUGAUAUCUGCCAAGAGCAGUUCAUGGAGAUGGGCUACCUAAACGGAGGCCAGGAGCACGGAGGCCGAGUCCGAGGCGGCCCGCCGGCCAGGGGCCGCGGAGUCCCCCCUGCUGGAGCACACAUGGGUAGAGGAAUGCCUCCUCGCGGUGCCUCCGCCAGGGGAGGUGUGACUCGAGGCGGCCCAGCCAGAGGUGGCGCAGUGAGGGGCGCUCCAGCAGGAAGAGGAGGACCUCCUGCAGCUCCGGCCAGGGGAGCCGUGGCACCCCGCGCCAGGCCCCCAGUCGGCGGGCCCCCCCAGAGGAUGGCGCCUCCACCCCACCAGCACACCCCUGCUGCAGCUGCAGAUGGCUACGAGGAAUAUGGCUACGAUGAGAGCUACACAGACCCGGCCUACGAGUCAUACGACAGCUAUUACAGUCAGCCGCAGGCAGAGCCAGAAUACUAUGACUACGGACACGGAGAGACCACAGAGUCGUACGAGUCGUAUGGCCAGGAUGACUGGAAUGGGACCCAGCGAACAGUUCCAGGGAAGGCCCCUCCACCCUCCAGAGGUGCCAAGACGCCUUACCGGGAGCACCCAUACCGACAGUACUGAAGCGGACUCACCACCCUUAAUGUGUCGCCCUGACUACCGCCUGUCUACCACGGCAGCUCUUGCUUUAAGCAGCCCGACAAAAGUAAUUGUCCGUUUUGUCUUUGGUUUGGUCUUUUCCUACACUGGACUUUAUACGAGAGAGUAAAUUGGGAACUGAAAAUCGGAACUGGUUUUUGAGAUUUGACCGCAAACUCCCUCCCCCACCCCUACCUUGUCGCACCACCUAACCAACCAGCCACCAAUCCUUCCACCCAAAGCGGCUUUUAGAUGGGUUAGAGAGGAGAAGUUGGCGUUUUUUUUUUUUUUGGUUCUUUUUCAUUUGAAUUUUUGUUUAUUUUGCUGUAUUUUGUUCUCUAACCCUUUUUACCCCCUCUGGCUUUUUUGCAUUGUUGAUCGUUAAUUUUUUAACUGUUUGGGAAUAGUCAUUUCUAGUGGAAUUAGUGGCUCAUUAUCCUCUUGUCUAAGGAAUCCAUUUUAAUUGUUUUUAAAUACAAAGAAUCUGUCGAGGGUCAGUUGCAGAUUCCCAUUUAGGCUACAUUUCAAAAUUCUGUUAAUAUAGCCAAAUAAAAGACCUUUUAAACUUUCAAUUAUGUAAUAUAGACACACAAAAAACAAUCUUAAAUUAAGUGAAGGUUAAAGAAUCAAUGUUAAUGGAAUCAGUACAAUUCAUUCUUGAUAAUGGUUUGUUUUAAAUAGUUCUAAAACGUUGUCCAUUUAGACUUAGGCAGCAAUAUUUGUCAUUGUACUUAGAGUUUUGAAAUAUAGCCCUAAUAGACACUGUUGAGAUGGACUGUCCUCAUAUCCUCAAUUUGUUUUACAUGUUAAAAACUAAUUUUAAGACUCUGAAGACAAAAUGUUUGUUUAAUGAGAACACGGCCGAGAGAUGGCCUCCUGUUAUGCUAAAAACAGUUCAGGUCUUCAUUUUGUGAUCUGAUUCUCUAUAAACUGCAUGCACAAAGUACACAAAGAAGGAUUGGGACAAAAAUCUCCACAUGGGUCUUCUCUUUCUAUAGAGAAGGGAUCCUGCAGCUCAAUCCGAACUCUUGUACAUAUUUUAAAACAUCCUAACUGUACUUAUUCUGCCACUAGUAUCUGUACCCUCUCCAUAAAAUGCAUUAUGCUACAUGUGUAAGCUUGCCUAAAUAGGUUACUAAAUCUGUCCAAAAGAUGUUUUGCAGCAGUUUGUCAAUAAAGCUUAGUUUGUUUUUUAUGAAACUUAACUUGCUUUAUUUGUUUCCUGUCCUAGUAAAAUUCUGAAAUGGCCUUUUUUAAACAACCUUCAGCAGUCAGAUGUAGGUGUUUUCCUUUGUUUCUCAUUCAAAACCGCAUUUUAAAUCUAAAUGAAUGUAUUGACGUCUGCAGACUUUAACCCUACUAAAUGAUGUCUUGAUUGAUUAUCAAAAGAGCACAACUUAUUCUUUCUCUCUCUUUCUAUACUUUUUAAAAAGGACCCAGAGGUAAGACCUCUAAAAUAACCUGGAUAGCUUCCUAAUGUGUAUAGAGUUCUAAAGCAUUGAAUGCCUGGGUCUAGGCUUCAUUGUCAUGAAUGACGCUGGCGCGAUGGCUACUUUAGUACAGAGUAAUGGCAGUGCAAUGGAGAGGAUGGUUAUAACCUAGAGAACUCCACUGUAAAGGCACAGCUAUCGGUCACCAAGUGCUCGGAGACUGACAAUCUGCUGAAGUGAGACCAUACAAACCUCAGUGAAGCCGUGCACAGGAGCAGCUCAGCAUGAAGGAGGUGGUCAGACGAAGCUCUCGGGGCGCCCUGUUGAAAGGAGUGGCCCAAGGCCCAGCUCUGUUCCUGGCAGGGACGACUUGUAGUGGCCGGCUGCCAAGUUGACCCACAGGAGCCAGCUGAUGUGGUGCGAGGGAGAGGAGCUGGCUCAGACUCCCACAGGAACAGGACUAAGACUGCAGCUGGUCAGCGAAGACAUUCAGCCCGCUGAGAAUCCAGCAUAACCAGAGACAAAAGAACAACUCUCAUUUUAUGUGUGCUAUUUUCUACUAUUUCUACAUUUUAUGUCAAUAUUGAAUUACUAUGCGUUCUCCUCGUGUAAUUAUUUUCUAACAUUGAAGACACCCACUUGAAGCCUUUGCUGAUUGUAUGCUGCUGUACACAGCUUCUGCAGACCACCCCCUCUUCCUACAAAUGUAAUUGUUCCAGCCUAAUUUACCAUAAAAUGAGCACUCCAUUUAUAGUAGGCUGUGAAAUUGUUUUUAAUUUCUAUUAACCCUUGAAUUAGAUGUGAAAAGAACUUUACUUUCUGCAAGGCAAGCUGUAUUCUCCCAUUAAAGGAGAAUUGUGACAUCUGCAUUUCAAGUAUUUGAUUUUUACAUUCUGGCUGCGUGUUGUUUAGUAUCCAUGCCUUAUUGCUGCGUGAAAAUAGACUCAGUGCUCGAGAGUUAAAGAUGCCCGGAGAGUGUGGAUCGCUAUCUCGCAGCGGCCGAGUUCACCGCGAGCUCACACAUGCCGCCGCAUCUUGGCAUUGCACGGCCUGUGUAGCCCUGAGGAUAUCAAAUGCUAAUGCAGAAGUCUAUUUGCAUGUACUCACAUGUACCCUCCCUGCAAAUGUGCAACACUUUUCAUAACCAGUGCUGGCCUGUUCUUGGCAGUUCAGCAUCCAAGUAUGAUAAUUCAGAGAGAUGGACCCAAGAGGAGAGCUGGAUGUGAGAAAGGGACAGAGGGUGAAGACAGACAUUACUAACUUCCAUCCAUCUAUCCGUCAUGCCUCUGUUGAUUUGAUUCCCCUCUAUGCCAUUUUCUGCCAUUAUCACUGAUGAUAUUACGGCUGCCUGUAGUGCCGAGUUACAUUUAGAGGUCAAAACUGUACUUUCCUGUAUUAAAAACACAUUUCUCUGUCCCGAUUCGCUGGUCAAAGGCAGCAUUAGCCAAGUCAGAGGCUCCAUUUAGUUUAUUGAAAAAGCUAGCAGCUUAGAGGAUAGAACAUUAGAUAUUAGGAUAGAAACCAUCAUUUGAGAUGAAAUGUCAACGGGCCAUAUCCAAAACAGAUCAUUUUUCAGUCUUUAUGUGCUAUUAUGUCUAAAAUAAUGAUUUCUAUGUCUCUUAUAAUCUAAUGAAAGAUAAGUGAUGUGGAAGCCAUCUCCUCUGUUUGAAUCGAUGAACUGUCAAGAGUGGAAGGCUGGAGAAGAAAGUAAAUGUUACUGUGCAAUGAUCAAUAAAAGUAGACUUGAAUAUGA